AUAUAUAUAUAUAUAUACAACAAACAUGAAGUUUUCUAUCUUGACUGCUGCCUUAUUGAUGGCUGGCUAUGCCACUGCUGUGCCUAUGAUGAGCCCUAGCUCAUUUUCCGAUGGUUUUGUUGCUCCCUUAUAUGCUCCUGUUGAAACUGAAGCUGUGCGUGGCUCUUAUAUCGUUGUUCUCAAAAACCAUUUGUCCAACGAUCAAGUACAAAGCCAUGCUGAAUGGAUUAGCAGUAUGUCUGCUGCCCAUGCUUUCAACAGUGGCGAUUAUUUGGAAGAACAAGGUAUUAACCAUGUCUAUGAAAUGCCCAAUUUCAAGGGCUAUUCCGGUCGAUUUGAUAAGCAAGUCUUGGAUGCUAUUCGCCAGUCUGAGGAAGUAGCCUAUGUUGAAGAAGACUCUGUUGUCUAUGCCUCCGAAUUACAACGUGGUGCUCCUUGGGGUCUUUCUCGUAUCUCUCGUCGUGAACCUACGACUUUGCGUAACUUUAGCAAAUAUAAUUACGAUGCCAAGGCUGCUGGUAAAGAUAUCAAGGUCUAUGUGAUUGAUACUGGUAUCAAUAUCAAGCACGUUGAUUUUGAAGGCAGAGCUAUCUGGGGUAAGACGAUUCCCAAGAACGAUGAAGAUAUCGAUGGCAAUGGUCACGGUUCCCACUGUUCUGGUACCAUCGGUGGUAAGAAAUAUGGUGUCGCUAAAAAGUCCAUUCCUGUCGCUGUCAAGGUGUUGGCUUCUAAUGGUUCUGGUUCCAUGUCUGAUGUUGUAAAGGGUGUUGAUUGGGCCACAAGCGAGUUCCUUAAGGACAAGAAAGCCGCUGAAAAGGAAGGCAAGUCCUUCAAGGGUUCCGUAGCCAACAUGAGUUUGGGUGGUGGUAAGUCUCCUUCUUUGGAUGCCACUGUCAAUGGUGCUGUUGAAGCUGGUCUCAUCUUUGCUGUUGCUGCUGGUAAUGAUAACAAGGAUGCUUGUAACUAUUCUCCUGCCCGUGCGGAAAAGGCUAUCACUGUGGGUGCUUCUACCAUUUUUGAUGAAAGAGCUUAUUUCUCCAACUAUGGUAAAUGUGUUGAUGUCUUUGCUCCUGGUCUCAACAUUGAAUCUGUUUGGAACACCAAUGAUCAUGCCAUAAACACUAUUUCUGGUACUUCCAUGGCAUCUCCUCAUGUUGCUGGUUUGGCUGCCUAUCUCUUGUCUUUGGCCCCUGAAGGUGUUACCCCUGAUGAAAUCAAGAAGCAAAUCCUUGACUUGAGUACUCGUAAUGUCUUUAAGGACCUCCCUAAUGGCACACCUAACUUAUUGAUCUACAAUGGUUUUGAGUAAAUAGUGUAAUAAUACAUAAAAUAUAUAUAUUCCCGAUAAGUUUUCUUGUAUACAAAAUGCACGCAUGGGUCAAGCUUAAUUUACACGUGUACAAAAAUAGAAUCCAUAAGGGAUUUCUCUCUCUUUUUUUCUCUCUUUUCAAUGCCUU